AUGUCUUUGAAACUUGUACUUUUCUGUUUCUUCGUUGCAUCAUCAUCUGCAGCCAAACGUUUGCCUCGUCUGGCCGGUGGCGAAGACGCUAAACCAGGUCAAUAUCCUUACCAAGUCAAUCUAUACUACAAGUCCUUACUCGAGACUAGAUACCCAAUCGCUUUUGGAGGUGGAGCUAUUUUAAACAAACAAUGGAUCCUGACAGCUGCUUACAAUAUUCAGAAUCUCAAAAAUACUGUCGUGAAAGCUGGAAACAUCUACUUAAACAAAUCAUCGAAAUCCGAACAAAUAUCCAACGUCGCUAAUGCUUUUGUUCAUCCUAAAUAUCAAAAUCCUACUGGACCUUAUGAUAUUGCUUUAAUAAAAUUGGAAACACCUCUGGAAUUCAAUGAAUUUGUAAAGCCGAUUGACUUGCCGCAAAUCGGUAGUCAUCCACAGGGCUUUGGAGUUCUUACUGGACUCGGUUCACUUACACACAUGACGCAACUUAUAUUGGCUAAGACUCUACAAGCUCUAACAUUGCCGAUCAUAAGCAACGAUGAUUGUCAGUACGCAAUUGACGCCGCAUUGGGUGCUGGCCAAUUUGAUUUUUUCGGUGACGACCUUGCAUUCUGUACUGGAUCAACUGAAACAAAUCAAGGAUAUUGUUUGCACGAUACUGGCAACCCGCUUGUGAUUGAGGAAAAUGGUAAAAAAGUAGUUGCUGGCGUGGCUACUUUUGGAUUUGCAGCUGACUGUACAACACCCAAUACACCAUCUAUUUACACUCGAGUAUCUGCAUUCAAUGAUUGGAUCCAUGAAAUUAUGAGCGAGUUUUAG